UAAGGGGAGACGGCCAGGUCGGUCCGGUUUUUAAAACACUGCUAUGUCUAUAUAAAGCAUAGACGUACAAUUCUAAUUCGUCAUGCAGUAAUCUCCAAUGGAUUUGCCUAGAAGGACACCAAGCGCACAAUCAUCAACAACAAGAGGAGUUGAUCAGCAGCCGGAGCUUCAAAGCAUAGCUUCUGAGGAAGAUGACAAGUCCUCUAUCACAGAAUCAAUCUUUCCAUUUUCUGCUACUGACCACAAUCCUCCUUCUUUGAGGAUAGAGAUGGAACCUGUGAAGCAAUCAAGGCGUGACUACCAGACAGAUAACGAUGAUAGUUUUUCAUCAUUGAGGAGAAAUAGUAGUGAUGCUGUGGUUUUGACAUGGAAGGAUCUGUGGGUUAUGGUGUCGGAUAGCAAGAAUGGGCGCAAACCGAUCUUGGAAGGGCUAACUGGGUAUGCUGAACCAGGGAAGAUGUUAGCAAUCAUGGGUCCUUCCGGUUGUGGCAAGUCAACGCUUUUAGAUGCAUUGGCUGGAAGACUAAGCUCCAACACACAGCAGAAUGGAGAGAUCCAUCUUAAUGGUCACAGAGAGACUCUUGCUUUCGGAACAUCGGCCUAUGUAACUCAAGAUGAUACUCUAAUGACAACGUUAACAGUAAGGGAAGCAGUGUACUACUCAGCACAACUGCAACUGCCAGACUCAAUGUCAAGAUCAGAGAAGAAAGAGCGAGCCGAGAUGACGAUAAGAGAGAUGGGAUUACAAGACUCCAUGGACACAAGAAUUGGAGGAUGGAGCACAAAAGGAAUUAGUGGUGGACAAAAGAGGAGAGUUAGCAUUUGCAUUGAAAUCUUGACGCGUCCUAAGCUCUUGUUUCUUGAUGAACCCACCAGUGGACUAGACAGUGCAGCAUCAUACCAUGUCAUGAAUAGGAUAUACAAGCUAGCUUAUCAGGAUGGAAGGACUGUUGUUGCUUCAAUUCAUCAACCCAGUGGUGAAGUCUUUCAACUCUUCCAUAGUCUCUUCCUUCUCUCUAGUGGCAGGACAGUCUACUUUGGUCCUGUUUCCAUGGCAGAACAGUUUUUUGAUUCCAAUGGCUUCCCUUGCCCGAAAUUGAGAAACCCAUCAGAUCACUACCUUAGAACUAUCAACAAAGAUUUUGAUGUGGACAUUGAGCAAGGAGCCAGAGACAGAACAACAACAGAGGAAGCUAUUAACAUUCUUGUUCAGUCAUACAAGUCAUCUAAGAUUUGCCACGAUGUGCAAGAGAGGGUAUCUAUGAUCUGUCAACAGAAAGGAAGAGUUUUGGAUAAAGGAAGCCAUGCUAGCUUCAUUACACAAUGUCUUGUUCUUACCAGACGAUCGUUUGUGAACAUGUAUCGCGACUUAGGUUAUUACUGGCUUCGCCUGGCAGUCUACAUUGCCUUGUGCUUGUGUGUUGGGACUAUCUUUUAUGAUGUUGGCAUCACGUACGGUUCGAUUCAGGCUAGAGGUGCAAUGCUCAUGUUUGUUGCAGCAUUCUUGACUUUCAUGGCAAUUGGUGGAUUCCCUUCAUUCGUAGAGGACAUGAAGAUUUUUGGAAGGGAAAGACUAAAUGGGCACUAUGGUGUUGCUGCAUUUGUGGUUGGAAAUACAUUUUCGUCCAUUCCAUACUUGCUUAUGAUCUCAUUGCUUCCUGGCGCAAUAGCAUACUACCUAGUUGGUCUUCAGAAGAGUUUUGAACACUUUGUCUUCUUUUGUUUGAUACUCUUUGUGACCAUGAUGCUGGUUGAGAGCCUAAUGAUGAUAGUCGCGAGCAUCGUCCCUGAUUUUCUGUUGGGAAUCAUAACCGGAGCAGGAAUUCAAGGCGUGAUGAUGCUGAAUGGAGGGUUUUUCCGAUUGCCAAACGAUCUUCCGACGCCAUUCUGGAGGUAUCCGAUGUACUACAUUUCCUUCCAUAAGUAUGCAAACCAAGGAUUCUACAAGAAUGAGUUUGAAGGUUUGACAUUCCCUACAAAUGAUGAAGCUGGAGGUUCUUCAAGCAUUACAGGUGAAGAAAUAUUGAGGAAUACUUGGCAAGUUGAGAUGGGGUACUCCAAAUGGAUUGAUGUUGGUAUUUUGUUUGGGAUGGUGGUUGUGUAUCGUCUUAUGUUCUUGGGAAUCAUUAAAGCCAUUGAGAAAUUUAAGCCCACUGUCAAAGCUUAGAUGGUUUCUAGAGCUGGACUGGACAGUCGAAUCAGAUAUCAGAAAAUCCAUCUGCCAGUCCUUCACAUUGAAAAGAAAUAUGUGUAAUGGUUUUAAACUUUUAAUAAUUAGUAUAUAGGGUGUGCUUUUUUAAAUGAUCUAAAUUGUUGUUUGGAUCUUAACUAUGUUGUACAAUUUCAAUUUCAAUUUCAUGUCUUAGCUCGUGUGAACAGAAGCUUUCAUGUCUUAGGCUCUUAGUGCAAAUGCAAUGGUAAAGUGUUAUUGGGUCAACAAAGAUGUUGUCUUUUGCUGA